ACGGAGCUGCACACUAGGACACAGGCAGCCAAGAGGCAGCUUGGUCUCAGAUGAUCUGAGAAAAUUAAUGAUUACCCUGGGGUCAAGUGCAUCAGUUGCCAAAGGGAAAGGCUUCCUUCUAACUGGCCCAGCGAGCUCAUGAAGGAGGAGUUGAGGCAGUCAUGGAGCGCUGAAGUCUGGCAGUUCUGUCCCUGAGCAGGUGAAUCACCUGAUACCAACGCUGGGACCCAAGCCCUGGGAUUGGCCUAAAAGAGGGCUGUGUACCUACUGGUUGGGCCUUGGCAUCCUGUCAAACUGCUGUGCAUCCAGACAUAAAAAUAACAGCCUGGAAAUAGUUCUGGGGCAGUCUGCUGGACUCAGCAUGGGAGAGAAAGCCACCAUGCAGAUGCUGACCAAGUGCUACCCCAAGAACAGCCUGCUGACUGUCAUGGACCGGUACUCGGCCGUGGUGCGCAACAUGGAGCAGGUGGUGAUGAUCCCCAGUCUUCUGCGGGACGUGCAACUGAGUGCGCAUGGCUGCCAGGUCCAGGCGGGGGCCCCCGAUCUCUACAACUGCUUCACCAUGCUCAAGGCCAUCCGUGUGGACGUGGACAAUGGGCUGCUGCCCCGGGAUGAGUGGCAGGCCAAGGUGGCAGCUGGCAAACCUGACGAGGCUGAGAAUGAAGCUGCAGAGACAGAGGAGGCCGGGGAGGAGAGGGUCUCGGGGAAGCUGGACCUGGAAUCUCAGUUCUACCUGCACUUCUCCAGCCUUCAUCACAUCCUCACCCACCUGACCCUGAAAGCUGAGGAAGUGACGAGGAAAUACCAGGAGAUAAUGGGACAGGCCAUGUAGGCCUGGACUCCAGACAAGCUUACUCUGCAUGAUAGAAAGCAGACUCUGUGAUGAGGACACGGAACAGUUUACUAGCCCUGAUUACAGGACCAGAAAGACCUGGACCUGCAGCUGGAAGUGAAGGCGCCUGCGAUGCCUGGGAUGCUUCUCCUCUUUCCUCUGAGAACCAAUUCGUGGACUCAUCACUGAGUCACCUUUAGGAUGCUUGUUGCUAUUCACAACUCUCCUCACUCCUCUAACCAGCUGGGGGUGGUAGCCAGUAGUUCAACAGGGACCAGAUGUCACCUGGUUAGUGUGGUACAGGAGAAAGAGAAGUUUUAGCAUCUGACUAACCGAAGUUCACAUCCCUCCUCUUGGCAGUCAUUCACUGUGAUCUUGGGCAAGUUAUUUAAUCCAGUGGAGCCUAAAUUUCCUCAUCUAUAAAAUGGCUAUAGUAUUACCUACCUCAUAAAGUUAUGAAAAUUUAACAAGAGAAUGACUCAAAAGCAUCUGGCAUACGAGAGCUAUUAUUACAGGUGGAUUUCCUCCCCCCACCCUCACCACGUAUUUGUUCUAGCCCUCCCUUACUGUUCUCUAGAACUAGCAGAGUCCCUGGAAUCUGAGUGAGUGGCUCACACCCUUAUACUUGCCAAGCACAGGUGAACUAUAAGCCUAUAUUGCAGUAGCAGUUAAAAAACACUUUGUAUUUAUACGUAUUUUAAUCAACUUCUACUUUCUCAGACAUGACUUCAUUUUUAACAAAUGGGACUCAAGAGAAAAGGAACUCAUUUGAUUUUGCCCAGAAACCAUCUGCUUAUAUUCAUACUGCCACCUAAUUUAAAACCACACUUAAAUAAACAAUUUUAUUAAUCUCCAAAUAUCAAUCUGAUUAUAGAAUCCGAGCUUGGAAACAAGAAUGUUUUGGACAAGCAUUUUAACUUGAUAAGCCAUUAAGAGUAUACUCCUCCUAGUCAGGUGGGACCUUUUACUUCUAACUGCACCAAGCCCCACCGUAGACUGCGUUAGCCACCCAGCCCACUUUUCCCAGGACGAUCAGUCUGAGAGUGGAGACCCCUUUACAGUAUCAGUCUUCUAGCUGCUCUCCUGGUCUUGAGUCUCCUCCUCCUAAACCACCCUCUGUGUUAUUGCGGAGAGCUUAGCAAUACAAACCUGACCAUGUUAUUCCUAUUUAAAACCCUUCAGUGACUUCCCACUACCUACAGGAUCAAGUCAAAAUUAUUCUGCACAACUCACAAAACCCUCCAUAAUCUGGCUUGCUUUGUUUCAUUUUGCAAUAGAACUGGAGCAGGCAAAAUUCUUCUGUGAAGGACCAUAUGUUAAGUAUUUCACGUUUUGCAGGCCACAGGGUCUGUCACGACCACUCAACUCCACUGCUGUGGCGUGGAAGCAGCCACACACACAUACACCAGUAAGCCUGGCUGUGUUCCAGGAAAACUGUAGGCGUGAGCUGGAUAUGGCCCACGAGGUAGUCUGCCAACUCCGAACCACAGCUAAACCCCAUUUUAAAAUCUGCUAGAUGUCUUCUUAAAACUCAAUAAAUGGAAACUGACCAUUCUCCAA